AUGCUUUCCAGCAUCCUCAAGGCCAUAGUUUUAUUGUCUUUAUUCUGGAUAUGCUGGCGUAUCGUUUGUCAGCGGUUAUUCAAGACCGCACUCGACAAUAUUCCAGGGCCUCCGUCACCUUCCUUCCUCAAAGGAAAUUUUCCUCAGUUGUUCAACAUCAACGGCUGGGAUUUUCACAAGGAUAUCGCAUCCAAGUACGGUGGCGUGAUCAAAGUCAAGGCGCUCUUUGGCGAAAAUCAACUCUACGUUUUCGAUCCAAAGGCUCUCCAUCACGUUCUUAUCAAGGAUCAAUAUAUAUAUGAAGAAACGUCGGCGUUUAUCGAGGGUAACCGUAUGAUGCUUGGAAAUGGUCUACCAGCGACGUUAGGGGAUCAUCACCGCCGGCAGAGAAAAAUGCUCAAUCCUGUAUUUUCUAAUUCAAACUUGCGAGAAAUGAUACCUACCUUAUAUAGCGUUGCACAUAAACUUCGAACUUCAAUUUCGCAGCAAGUCACUGACGGACCUCAAGAGAUUGAUCUACUCUCCUGGACAUCGCGUACUGCCCUGGAAAUGGUUGGCCAGUGUGGCUUUGGCUACUCAUUUGACUCGCUUGCAACAGAUGCUACACCACAUCCCUAUAGCGUGUCAGUCAAAGAGUUGAUGCCUGCCAUCCUCCGAGUUUUAUUCGUUCGCUCAUAUUUACUGGCACCCGCCGUCAAAAUCGGUUCUCCAAGAUUUCGACGCUUUAUGGUUAACCUACUUCCAUGGAAAAAUCUGCAUGAUUUGCGGGAUAUCGUUGAUACGAUGUACAAAACCUCCGUGGAGAUUUUUGAAUCAAAGAAGAGAGCAAUGAUGGGGGGAGAUGAUGCUGUUGCGACUCAAAUUGGACGGGAAAAGGACCUUUUGAGCACCCUGAUGAGGGCAAACAUGGAUGCAUCAAACGAGGACAAGCUAGACGAGUCUGAACUCAUUGGACAAGUGUCGGCAUUUACAUUUGCCGCCAUGGACACAACAUCGAAUGCGCUUUGUCGUAUUCUGCAUUUACUAGCACAAUACCAAGACGUGCAGGAUAAGCUUCGUCACGAGGUCACCGAGGCCUACGCCAAGCACGGAAACCUAGAUCACGACGAACUGGUCGCUCUUCCAUAUCUCGAUGCCAUCUGUAAGGAGACCCUUCGCCUUUACCCUCCAGUAUCCUUCCUAUUCAGAACAACACGCGCAAACGUCGUGAUGCCCCUUUCAAACCCAAUUCAAGGCCUCGACGGAAAAGAAAUCAAUGAAAUUCUUAUCCCAAAGAACACGAAUGUUAUCAUGUCAAUUAUCGAAGCUAACCGUAACGCGGAAAUAUGGGGUCCUGAUUGUCUUGUAUGGAUCCCUGAAAGAUGGCUUUCCCUUCUGCCUUCAUCUGUCACCAACGCGCGUGUCCCUGGAAUCUAUGCUCACACGCUGACCUUUUUGGGUGGGGGAAGGGCGUGCAUCGGGUUCAAAUUUUCGCAACUCGAACUAAGUUCGUCUCUAAAUCACCAGUGUCCCCGACCUACCUUGUUGCUAAGAUAA